AUGCAACCAUCUAAACUGCAAGAUCAUCUGAGAAGAUGCCACCCUGAUAAAACAGAGAAAGAUUUGAAAUACUUUCAAACACUCAAAGAUAAAUUUCAGAAGAGACCUACACUGGACAGAAUGUUCGCUUCAACGUCACAAAGAAAUGAUGAUGGUUUGCGGGCGUCUUACAAUAUCUCGUUACUUAUAGCAAAAUCCGGAAAACCGCAUACUAUCGGAGAGAAGUUAAUUUUGCCAGCCGUUGAAGAGGUUUUAAAAACUGUUUUACACAAACCUGCAUCUGAUAUCAUUAAAAGAAUUCCCUUAAGCAACAAUACUGUUGAAAGACGUAUUGAUGAAAUGGGUUCUGAUAUUGAAAGCUUCUUAUGUAAUUAUUUGCAAACGACCCAUUUCUCUAUACAACUGGACGAGUCAACUUUAGCUGAUAAUGCAGCAUUAUUAUUGGCAUAUGUUCGUUUUAUUAUGAAUCAAGAAAUCUUCGCAAGAACUUUGAUAACCGACACUAAAGGUGAAUCAAUAUUUCAUGUUUUGAAGGAUUACUUCAUUGAAAAAGCAAUUCCUUUAUCAAAUAUAAUAUCAGUAGCUACAGAUGGAGCACCUGCCAUGACUAUUUUAGAAUUUGUGGAUACUAAAGAUAAAAUUUUAAAAGAAAAUUUAAUGAAGAGGAAAACAGACAUCGCCUAUUUAACAGAUGUGUUUACAAAAUUUAAUAUGGUUAAUUUGCAAUUACAAGACGACAGUUUAAAUUUGAUUAAAACAAAGUCCAUCUUAUCAGCGUUUCUUGCCAGAGUUAAACUAAUGAAGCAAAAUAUUGGACGGGGCGAAUUUUCUCAGUUCCCCAAUUUGUCACAGACAAGCUGCCAGGAAGCCGACGUUUCAACUUACGUUCAACACUUAAAUGCCCUCUAUUCAGAUUUUGAAUCUAGGUUUGAGGAUAUUUUGACUAUUGUAAUACCACCGUGGAUAAUUAAUCCAUAUGGUGACAUAGAAGAAACGAAUGUCAUAAUACAAGAGGAACUGGCUGAACUAAGUACAAACGAAGAACUUAAGGUUCAGUUUAAAAACGGAUAUCAGCAAUUCUGGAUGCAAAACAACAUACCCGUUACUUAUCCCAAGAAACCUACACUGGACAGAAUGUUCGCAUCGACGUCACAAAGAAAUGAUGAUGGUUUGCGGGCGUCUUACAAUAUCUCGUUACUUAUAGCAAAAUCCGGAGAACCGCAUACUAUCGGAGAGAAGUUAAUUUUGCCAGCCGUUGAAGAGGUUUUAAAAACUGUUUUACACAAACCUGCAUCUGAUAUCAUUAAAAGAAUUCCCUUAAGCAACAAUACUGUUGAAAGACGUAUUGAUGAAAUGAGUUCUGAUAUUGAAAGCUUCUUAUGUAAUUAUUUGAAAACGACCCAUUUCUCUAUACAACUGGACGAGUCAACUUUACCUGAUGAUGCAGCAUUAUUAUUGGCAUAUGUUCGUUUUAUUAUGAAUCAAGAAAUCUACGAAGAACAGCUCUUCGCAAGAACUUUGAUAACCGACACUAAAGAUUUUGAAUCUAGGUUUGAGGAUAUUUUGACUAUGGUAAUACCACCGUGGAUAAUUAAUCCAUAUGGUGACAUAGAAGAAACGAAUGCCAUAAUACAAGAGGAACUGACUGAACUAAGUACCAACGAAGAACUUAAGGUUCAGUUUAAAAACGGAUAUCAGCAAUUCUGGCUGCAAAACAACAUACCCGUUACUUACCCCAAUUUUUCGGGGGGAUUGAACCCCGAAAACCCGCUGGCUACGCCCAUGACAAAGUUAAAAACGGUUAAUGUUAUUGAUCAAUUGAAGAUACGUACAACUUUUUGUUGCGUGUACACUAAACCAAAACUCAACAGCAAUUCUUAG